UUUAAUAUCCUGUUCCUUGUUGUCUGUUGUCUGUUGGCUGUGAUGUGAAGUGCAUCCUCGCAUUAGCAAUGCCCACCACCUGUGUUUUUCAGCUGGAUCGCCUGAAUCCCGUCUACAACAGCGGCGAAUACAUCAGCGGACGCAUUCUGCUGCGCACGGACAAGGUGAAGCGCGUGAAUGCUGUCUAUGUAACCCUGGAGGGUGAGGCCAAGGUGCAGUGGUCCAUGAGCGGCAAAACUGAGACAUCCAACUAUUCGGGCCAUCAGCAGUAUCUGCACACACGGACCAAUGUUUUCGAUAACUCUCUGUUCCGUGCCGGAGUACAUGUUUAUGUGUUGACACUGCGCAUACCCCCAGACUGCCCCAGCACCUGUAAGGGUCCGUAUGGUUAUAUUGCGUACAAUAUCUCACUGACCAUUGACAAGCCCUGGGGCUUCGAUGAGAUCUUUCGCAAACCCAUUAUGGUCGUUCAGACAUUGGAUCUUAACUAUAACUCGGAGUUCGCGCUGCCCGUCAAGGAUGAGAACAUUAAAUACCUCUGCCACUGGCCCUGCAUCUCCGGACCAAUCAGCUCCAGCUUGGCACUGCCCGCAUCUGGAUUCACGCCACUGCAGGAGGUGCCAUUCAGCGUGGAGGUGGACAACCAAUCGCCGCACUAUGAUAUUAUUGGCCUUGAGGUGUCCAUAAAGCAACAUUUUGUGUUUCUCUCGCGCAAGCCGGUCAAACGGAACUUCUAUACGAAAACGCUCUGCAAGGAUAUCAUCACGGAUCGCACCUUGAGGCUUUCCAAGAGGGUGUAUGAGUCGAGCAUUUGUGUGCCCAUGGAUACGGCCCGUUCCACACUAAAUCCCAACUACAUAGUAUUCCUGCACUAUACGCUGCAGGUCAAGCUGAAGACUGGCUACUUUCACUACGAUACGGAUUUGUCUGUUCCCAUUGUGGUGGGCACCACGCCAUUGCAGCAUUUGCGUGCCACCGUGCGCACCCAGCAGCCGGCGCGACGCACGACGACGCCGGAGCGACAGCGCCUGAUUGAGCGGGUGCAGCCGCGACCCGCAACGGUGGAGGAGGAGACGCCACAAGAAACUGAGGCGGCAGCCGAUGAGACGCAUCAGGUGGUGGAGGAUGAUGAGCCACCUUCGUAUGACAGUUGCCUGCCGCCUUCCUUUAGCUUUGCCACCUUGGGUGGCAGCCAGCCAACGCUGGAGAGUCAGCCGCGAAUACACCUGCCCAAAUUUCCGGGCUUUAGCACAUUUAUAGGCGCGGCGCCCGCGCAUGACUUGAACUUGGAGGACUCCGGACUGGAUAUGCAUUAUUAUCGUUCCUAUGGCUCACUUGAUACGGAUCAGACGGGUCGCAGCCUGGAUACCUUUGGUUCGCUAUGUGGCCCCAUUUUCGACCCGAGCGAGACGGAGCAGCAGGAGCAACUGGCCGUGCUCGAUGUCACGGCCCAGGUGCAUCAGCCGGUGCCGCUGCAAACACAGGCGGAGCAUCAAUUUUAAAUGCAAGUGUCUUAAGCCGAAACCAUGGUGGUAUACUACGUAAGAUUGUACUAGACUUAAGUGUUCAGAGCUAGGUAAAUGAAAUAUUUUUUCGAGUGUAUCAUUAUCCGUCUUAUUGGAAGCGCUCAUAGCUCAUAUAACUAUACUUUACUGCCAUCCAAAAUUCAAAUUUAUUCCAAGCGAACUUAUUAUGUGCCAACAAAGUUUUCUAGCAUAUUAUUCCAUGGCUUUUUACAUGCAUAUUUACGAUUAUACGAUAAUAUUAUAAAAUGACUUGGCUAUAUAGUUUUACAUAAUGUAUUUAAGCUAAGACUAACGUGUUCAUAAUUGGAAAAUAAAUUCGUAUACAAACACAAGUGCCAAGA